AUGACACCCGGUCAACUAGUGAAAUGGUGUGGUUUAGGAGGGAACUACAAAGCUAAUUACGAUAGGUCUGUGAAGACGAAGAUCAACAAGGAUCGUAUUGGUGUUAUUGUACAUGAUCACCAGGGCCUCGUCAUAGCGGUUUUAUCUGAGGGGCUGAGGCAUUGGGUAAAUGUUGAUUGUGUAGAAGCCAUGGUUGCAUUCAAAGCAGUCCAAUUUGUGAAGGAUCUAGGUUUAGAAAACAUCUAUUUGGAGAGUGAUACAACAAAUGUGAUCAAAAUGAUUAAUGACCCAGGUGAUGCUAUCUCUCAAUUUGGACACUUAGCUCAUGGUGUCCAUGAUUUACUGAGAAGAUUUCGAUCUACUACUGUGUAUCAUGUUUUUAGGAAGGAUAAUUCUGUUACUCAUUGCUUGAGUAUAUUAACAUUUGAUUGUGUUGGGCCAAUGAUUUGGAUGGAUGAGGCUUCACCAACAUUGGUUCAUUUGAUUUUGUCUGAAGGUUCUCAAUCUUAA